GAAAGAGGGUUUCAGUCUUCAAGUUGCAGCUUAGCUUCUUCAUCUCACCAUGUCUAGGAGAAAGAACAGAGAGCCCAAGGAGGAGACUGUUACCCUCGGACCAACAUUGAGAGAUGGGGAAAAGGUGUUUGGUGUUGCACACAUUUUUGCGUCAUUCAAUGAUACUUUCAUUCAUGUUACUGAUUUGUCCGGAAGGGAAACCCUUGUUCGUAUCACUGGUGGGAUGAAGGUGAAGGCUGAUAGAGAUGAAUCCUCUCCUUAUGUCGCUAUGCUUGCAGCACAAGAUGUGUCGCAGUGCUGCAAGGAACUUGGUAUCACUGCACUUCACAUCAAGCUCAGAGCUACAGGAGGGAAUAAAACAAAAACACCUGGACCUGGUGUCCAAUCUGCCCUGAGAGCCCUUGCUCGUUCGGGCAUGAAAAUUGGCCGUAUAGAGGAUGUUACUCCAAUCCCCACCGAUAGUACCCGUAGAAAGAGUAGUAGAAGAGGAAGAAGGCUUUAAGUCUCUUUACUUUUGUUAUGUGGUUUAUCUGAUUAUCUAGACAGCAGUGGAGAAUGUUUUCUGCCAUUUCCCCAAUCUUUUGAAGUUCUGGUGUGAGUGAACUAUUUGAUUUUUCUUGAUUAUUAUUACCCAAGUCAGCUAUUCCUUUUUAACAUUUCAUGUAGUUAUACAAUAUUUUAAAGAGAAUUGACUACUUU